AUGUGGAUAAGACUAUUAUUACUAGUAUUUCAAACAUGUUCCGCUGCCUUGAUCAGUAUACAACCAUUUGUCCCAAUAAUCGAUUCUAAAAAGACGUCCAAUGUUGACGAAUUUAUGGUUGAAAAUCAGAGAACCCAGAUGAGGCAAAACUAUGUCUUACAAAGAGCUUUAAACGGUAAUAUGGACAUAGCCGAAUUAAGAACUCCUUACGAAAGUGAGCCUUUCGACCCUAACAUUAAUCGUGAAGGGUUGCCGGAAUUUGUAUUAGAUCACGCCAAUAUGAUAAGGAAUGAUAUAAUUUUAUUAGACAAUUCAGUUGAGACGCGAACUAGGAAAAGAGGAAAUAUUAAAGUAAAAAGAUAUGAGCAAGGAGAUAUAAAGUAUGUGCCUUGCAACUGUGAACAAGAAAGUAAAAAACUAAUACAUUUGGGUAGUGACUACUUUCCUCGCACCAUAGAAACAAGAAUCUGCAAUGAAACACUUUGUCCAUCUCCCUAUGGUUGUCGCAAGAUAAAAAGUGACGUAACUGUGUUGAAAAGAAAAAAGCAUACUAAUGAGGAAUCUCAAGACGAAUUACCCGAUGACCUUUUUAAAAGAUGGGUUGCACUAAAGAAGCGUGUUAUAGUUGGAUGCACCUGUACUAGAGACUACAUUGACAGCGACUUAAGUUAAAUGUAAUAAAGACAUGCAAAACUAUCAACGGCAAAAAGAGACAAAAUGUGUAAUAUAAUAAAAAUAUUAAAUAAAAUAUCUCAUACCAAUUUUUAAAAAACAUUGGGUGAUGAACCAAUCAACUAUGUAUCGAAUAUAUAUUAUAACAUUUCAUUCAA